AUGAAGUCUAUGAUUGCUGGUGCGCUCGCCUUUGCGGCCGCUGCCUCUGCGCAGGCGCCGUUGUAUGGACAAUGUGGUGGUCAAGGAUGGACUGGGCCUACGACCUGCGUGGCUGGUUCGGUUUGCACGUUCAGCAACACCUGGUAUUCACAGUGUCUCCCUGGUAAUGCCGUCACAACUGUCCGGUCAAGCACCCUCACAACCUCUACCCGCCCCGCGACGGUCUCAUCCGUCCAAACCACGUCAUCCCGGACCUCGUCGGCUGCACCUCCCCCUAGUACCGGCUUCCCCUCGGUCAGCGGUACCAAGUUUACCAUCGACGGCGUAACGAAGUACUACCCCGGCACCAACUGCUACUGGUGCAGCUUCCUGACCAACGCCGCCGACGUCGAACUUGUUCUUGGUCACCUCAAAACAUCAGGUUUGAAGAUCCUCCGCAUCUGGGGGUUUAGCGAUGUCAACACUGUCCCGCAAUAUGAUAACUGGUUUCAACACCUAACGGCCUCUGGCUCUACCAUCAACACUGGUGCCAAUGGUCUCGGGCGCCUGGACACCGUCGUCGCAUCGGCCGAGAAGAACGGCAUCAAGCUCAUCAUCAACUUCGUCAACAACUGGGACGAUUACGGCGGAAUCAAGGCGUACACCAACGCUUUUGGCGGUGACCACAACGGAUGGUACACCAACACGGCGGCCCAGGCGCAGUACCGCAAGUACAUCGACGCUGUUGUCAGUCGGUACAAGAAUUCCAACGCCAUUUUCGCCUGGGAGCUGGCCAAUGAGCCCCGCUGUCAAGGGUGUGCCACCUCUGUUAUCUAUAACUGGGCCAAGUCUACCUCGGAAUAUGUCAAGUCUCUGGACCCCAACCACCUGGUGACUCUCGGGGACGAGGGUAUGGGACUUCCAGGCGACACGACGUAUCCCUACCAAUACGGGGAAGGCACGGAUUGGCCGGCGCUGCUUAACAUUUCGACCUUGGACUUUGGAACCUUCCACUUCUACCCCAACUCUUGGGGAGUUGGCUAUACUGCCGGCGAUAAGUGGGUGACUGACCAUGCCAAGGCAUGCGUUGCGGCGAACAAGCCUUGCUUCUUUGAAGAAUGUAAGCUGUUACACCACAGGUCUAAACGCAACAAAAGGAAGAACAGUGCUGAUCAGAAUCGAAACCUAGACGGCACGCCCACAAACCACUGCGAGCUGGAGAGACCCUGGCAGCUUACCUCGGUGGCCACUCCCGGCAUGGCCGGCGAUGCCUUCUGGCAACUGGGCGACACCAUCAGCACCGGGCAGACGCAUAACGACGGCAACACAAUCUACUACGGUACUGAUGAGUGGACGUGCUUGGUAACCAAUCACGUCAGAGCUAUCGGCUAG